AAGCUCGGGCAGCAGCGGUGCUCGCCCGCUAUCAGACCCUGCGGCGCCCCGGUUACUCCUUGCCCCCGAGCGCUCCGACUCCACCAUGCCUCGGGGCUUCCUGGUAAAGCGAACAAAACGGACAGGUGGCUCGUACCGAAUGCGCCUAGCAGAGAGGGUCUUCCCCCUGCUGGGGCCCCAGGGGGCGCCGCCCUUCCCCGAGGAGGCUUCCAGUGCCCCUCAGCCCGGUGCGGAGAGGGCGGGACCCCCAACCCCGGAGGAGGAAGCGGCCCGCGAGCUGUCGGGGUCGUCCUGUAGGGCGGCUGGGGUGAGCCCAGCGGUGGGCGGGAGGGAAGGCGCGGAGUGGAGGGCGGAUGGCCGGGAGGGUCCCGGGCCCAGCCCCAGCCCCACGAAGCCGGCGGGCGCGGAGCUGCGCCGGGCGUUCUUGGAGCGCUGCCUCAGCUCGCCCGUCUCCGCUGAGUCCUUCCCCGGGGGCACCGCCACCGUGGCCGCUUUCUCCUGCUCGGUGGCGCCAACAGCAGCACCGACCUCGCGGGAGCAGUUCCUGCUGCCUCUCCGGGCACCGUUCCCAGACCCCGCGCUCCAUCCGGACCCCGCGCCUCUCUCGGCCUCCCUGCACGGCCUGAAGCGGGCCACCGGCGGCGAGCGCUGCGCCAAGGCACCUCCGGGCUGCACGUCUGGGCCCGCGGCCGCCGGAGUCAAGAAGCCAAAAGCCAUGAGGAAAUUGAGCUUCACCGAUGAAGUCACCACGUCCCCUGUGCUGGGCCUGAAGAUCAAGGAGGAGGAGCCCGGAGCGCCGUCCCGGGGCCUGGGGGGCAGCCGCACGCCGCUGGGGGAGUUCAUCUGCCAGCUGUGCAAGGAGCAGUACGCAGACCCCUUCGCGCUGGCUCAGCACCGCUGCUCCCGCAUCGUGCGCGUCGAGUACCGCUGUCCCGAGUGCGACAAGGUCUUCAGCUGCCCUGCGAACCUUGCCUCUCAUCGCCGCUGGCACAAGCCGCGUCCCGCAGCGGCCAAUGCCGCCACAGUCUCCUCAGCCGACGGGAAGCUGCCGCCUUCGUCGACCUCGUCCUCCCCGGAUUCCGGGGCUGUUGCAUCUUUCCUGGCGGAGGGGAAGGAAAACAACCGGGCAGAGAGAACUGCGGAUCAGCACCCGCAGGCCGGGGACAGCUCCGGGGCGGAGCAGCACCGGGACAGCGCCCCAUCACAAGGCCUCCAGGUGUUGUCCCACCCCGAGCCUUCGCUGCCUCAGGUCCCUUAUACGGCGGGGGUGUUGGGGCGCCGGGUGCCUGAGCCGGGCGGGGUCAGUGCUGCCGGGGGACCCGAGAUCUUCGUGUGCCCAUAUUGCCACAAAAAGUUCCGUCGCCAAGCCUAUCUGCGCAAGCACCUGGCCACUCACGAGGCAGGCUCGGCCCGCGCGCUUGCCCCGGGCUUUGGCUCCGAGCGCGCCGCCCCACUCGCCUUCGCUUGCCCGCUGUGCGGGGCGCACUUCCCGUCGGCAGACAUCAGGGACAAGCACCGGCUGUGGCAUGCGGUCCGCGAGGAGCUGCUCCUGCCCGCUCUGGCCGGGGCGCCUCCCGCAGCACCGGGCCCAGGAGGGGCGUCCGACGGGAGUGCUCAGCAAAUUUUCUCAUGCAAGCACUGCCCGUCCACUUUUUUUAGCUCCCCAGGCCUGACCCGGCACAUCAAUAAGUGCCACCCCUCAGAAAGUCGGCAGGUACUGCUGCUGCAGAUGCCAUUGCGGCCGGGCUGUUGAGGGCGAAAGACAAAGAGGAUUGAGGGUGGCCUUGGAGCAAACAGAUCAUGAGAAUUUCUGUGGGGCUUUCUUCAGCUUGCAAGUUUACCCUUUUUCCUUCCUUUAUUUUCUCUCCUAAAACUCCCAGUAGUCAAUGUGCUGCCAGAGGAGCGGGCAGCGAAAUGUAAAAUCCCUCUCUAGAGCAGGUAUGUAUAUGGUAUAACCGUUCUCGGUCAAGAAUGAUCAGCUUUAAAUCCCUUCUCACUUUCCCCACGAAAAUAGGAUUCCCCUGCUCCCACCAAACUCUGGAGACCCCAAUGAAUCCUAUAUGACUUGUAAUUCCUAUGGAAAGUCGCAGUGAAUGCGUGCAUGUCUCUAUCUACAAAGGAUUCUAGCUACCAAAAGUGGUAGUUUUUUUUUUUUUUUUCUCUUCUUCCUCUUGUCAUCGCAGGCGCCUGUGUAGUUUCUGUCUCAAUAGGGUCAGAUAUCUUGCAUUGUAUAUUCUGUGAAUUAAAAGUUAUGUGAUUGGUGCCAAACUUACGUCGGGUGGGUGGGAAAUACAAGACCUGUGUCUGUGGGCAGGAAAUGUUAAGAUGUUUGCGCGCUUUUGGGUGAUACGAGAAAUCUCCUUGUAAACUUUCCUUUUCUCAAUUAUUAAGUCCACCCUUAAGCUAGUGUUUGGAGGUGGGGAAUAGCACCUCUUUACUGGAAGGAGUUGAGACACCCCCCAAAUUCUCACCUCUAGCUCUCGUGUGCAGUAUUCAGGAAGAUACUUUAAACCUUUCUUUAAAUAGCUUUUGGGAAACACAGAACUCAUUUCCUGAAGUUUGACUGUUUUAGUAGGGUUUCAUCCAAAUUGUUUAACACUUCUGUUGUAAUCAUAAUGUGUAUUAUAUACGACACUAUGUUCAGCUUAAGGAAGAUGUUAAUACUUCUAAUCCGCUAUGGAAAUGAAUGGCAAUUCAUUCAAUAUUCAAUAUUUUCUUUUCAGCUGCAACCUGGUUUUGAUUUUUUUUGUAUUACCAUACUUAGCAUACAUUCUGUACCUAUGCCCUAAUAGCCAGUUUGGGACACUGGCUGAAUAUUGCUUGACAGAUAGCCCAUAUUUGUAAGAUGCUUACCACCAAAUAAAUGUACAUAGCUGGUGCUUUGUUGUGUUCUGUGUUUGUCUUAAGA